AGCCAGUAGGUCCUAAAAUAAAAUAAAAAUUGUUUUCAACUCUCUCAUGCUGCCAUUUUUUUUUUCUUCUAGGCAGCGAUGGGUUAGGUAAUUGGUACACAGCCCAGUUGCUUAUAUUUAUUCUGGUCUACCAAAGCUUUCCAACAAUCACACCCACUUCAUAGUCCAGAAAUACAGAGAGAGAAGAAAUCAAGAAGAAAAUGGAUCUCGGUGAAUUUCAAAUUCCGGGGAAUUCCGACCCAAAUCAAAAAACCUCUCAUUUAUCUCUCGAUAUCGGAGGGUCACUGAUUAAGUUGGUGUAUUUCUCAACCAAUGAUGGUGAUGAUGAUGAUGAGUUGGGGAGGUCGGGAAAGGAAAGUGUUGGGGUUUCUAAUGGUAACAGGAGUUUUCCGGUUCUUAAAGGGAGGCUCCAUUUUUCGAAGUUCGAGACGUGCAAGAUCAAUGAUUGCUUAGAUUUCAUACAAACCAAGCAGCUUCAUAUUGGUGGUUGCCAGCGACUUGGGGCUCUUCCCAUUGAGAAGACCAUAAUUAAGGCCACAGGUGGAGGGGCAUACAAGUAUGCUGAUCUCUUCAAAGAAAAGCUUGGCAUUUGUCUUGACAAGGAAGAUGAAAUGGACUGUCUUGUAGCUGGGGCUAAUUUUUUACUUAAGGCAGUUCAUCAAGAAGCAUUUACAUACUUGGACGGAAAGAAGGAAUUUGUGCAGAUUGACCAUAAUGAUUUGUACCCCUACCUCCUUGUUAAUAUUGGGUCUGGUGUCAGCAUGAUCAAGGUUGAAGGGGAUGGGAAAUUUGAGAGAGUGAGUGGAACAAAUGUUGGUGGUGGCACUUUUUGGGGGUUGGGAAGGCUCUUAACAAAGUGCAAGAGUUUUGAUGAGUUGCUGCAAAUAAGUCACCAGGGAAAUAACAGAGUGAUAGACAUGCUUGUUGGGGACAUCUAUGGUGGAACAGACUAUUCAAAGGUUGGUCUUUCAUCAACAACUAUUGCUUCUAGCUUUGGCAAGACAAUUUCUGAUAAAAAAGAGCUUCAAGAUUACCGACCUGAAGAUAUUGCCCGGUCACUCUUAAGAAUGAUUUCAAACAACAUUGGACAGAUUGCUUACUUGAAUGCACUCCGAUUUGGGCUCAAGCGGAUAUUUUUUGGAGGAUUUUUCAUCCGGGGUCAUGCUUAUACCAUGGAUACAAUUGCAGUUGCAGUUGACUUCUGGUCUAAAGGUGAGGCUAAGGCAAUGUUUUUGCGGCAUGAAGGAUUUCUUGGAGCAUUGGGUGCCUUCAUGAGCUAUGAAAAACAUGGUCUUGAUGACUCGAUGAUCCAUCAUCUAACACAGAAAUUCCCAAUGUCUUCCCUUGUAGGAGAUAAGAUUUGUAGUCCACUAAAUGGGGAAUUGAAUGACAAUGAAAGUAUAGAAUGCAGUGUCUAUGCAUCUUAGAAUCUGAAGUGAUUUCUUCUCUUGGCCUUGGAUACAGGAUGCUGUACAAGGCAAUGCUUGGUUGCCUGUGUUCAUUCCGAGCAAGUCAAAGAGUUGAAAUUCUAUGUAAUAUUUGUAACAUAGUAACAGGGUUGUAGGAAAAGUAUCUGAAAAAGAAAAUUAAGGGGAGAGAUACUGAGAGAGUAACAACAAUACAACAUGAAAAUAAACAAUGUUACUUUCCCUAAUUGUCUUUGUAUCAAUUUUGACUAGUAUUCUGUAAUUCAGCAUACUGUAACUCUUAUUGUUUAAUCAAUAUCUUACUAUCACUUUUGAGUUGUUUCA